AAGAGGACUUACCCUCUUUUAUUUCACUCGCGACAAGGCAUGUGUUGGAAAAUGAAGUCUUCUUAUGCUGUUUUUCUCGCUCAUGCGAUAUUUUUGUUUGUAAAUUAGUAGUUGCGAAAUUUUGAGGUUGUUGUAAUGGAAGUUAAGCCCAUGGUUCUGCAAUCUGUUCUCGUUCUGCUACCUUUGCUUGCUAUUCAUGGACUCGCUUCCAAUGUGACACUUAAUGAGACUUGUGGUUCUCUCAGUGGAGACACUAAAGCGCCAUGUCCAACUGGUUGGGUUAUUGACCCUAAUAAGACCAAGUGCAUUCUCCAUGUUGGGAGGCCUCAAUCUUGGAAUGACUCAGAGACCUGUUGUAAUAAGUAUGGUGGGCAUUUAGCAUCAUUAACAUCGCUUGCGGAACUGCACUUUGCUCAGAGUCUAUGUGGUGAAUCUAUAAACAGUUGCUGGAUUGGUGGAAGAAGACUCAACUCUACAGCCAAUUAUCAGUGGAUGUGGUCUGACAAUUCUCAGUGGAAUAACUCCAUAUUUCCUUUGGCUGAUGUUCUGCCCAAUUGUACUGGAACUAGAUGUCAUAUGUACAGUACGGACAAUUUAUGUACUGUAAUGACUAAUAAUUCAAAAUCUCUCAUGAGUGAGAGAUGUGACAAUCCUCAUGCUUCUCUAUGUGUACUUGAUAUGGAUAUGAAGUGUUCUCAUAAGCACUGCCACAGGGAAUACCUUAUCAUCAUUGCAGUGGUGAGUGCAUUGAUACUCACUACAACAUUAUCAGUGGUAGUUUGGCUUCUUGUAUAUAAGCGGGGCAAGAAGAGAAGACGGUCUAGAAAACUAUAUGAUCCAGCAGCUUCUCUUCCAUCAUGGAAAGUCUUUACCAAAGAGGAAUUAAGGUCAAUAACAAAGAAUUUCAGUGAAGGUAACCGUCUUGUUGGGGAUACAAAGACUGGUGGUACAUACAGUGGGGUCCUAACGGAUGGCUCAAGGGUUGCUGUUAAGAGAUUAAAGAGGUCAAGCUUUCAGAGGAAAAAGGAGUUCUAUUCUGAAAUUGGCAGGGUUGCAAGGCUUCGUCAUCCAAAUUUGGUGGCUGUGAUGGGGUGUUGCUAUGGUCAUGGUGACCGCUACAUUGUUUAUGAGUUUGUAGCUAAUGGGCCCUUGGAUAAAUGGCUACAUCACAUACCAAGGGGAGGUCGCAGUUUAGAUUGGGCUAUGAGGAUGAAAAUUGCAAUGACGCUUGCUCAAGGAAUUGCGUUUCUACAUGACAAGGUUAAGCCACAAGUUGUGCAUCGAGAUAUACGUGCCAGUAACGUGCUGCUGGAUGAGGAGUUUGGAGCACACCUUAUGGGUGUUGGUCUGUCCAAGUUUGUGCCAUAUGAAGUGAUGCACGAGAGGACUGUGAUGGCAGGUGGAACUUAUGGAUAUCUUGCUCCAGAGUUUGUGUAUAGAAACGAGCUUACAACAAAGAGUGACGUUUAUAGUUUUGGUGUGCUACUACUUGAAAUAGUGAGUGGACGCAGACCUGCACAAGCAGUUGAUUCUGUGGGUUGGCAGAGUAUAUUUGAAUGGGCUACACCUCUUGUGCAAGCUCAUCGCUAUCCUGAACUCUUGGAUCCUCAUAUAUCUUCCUCAUCUUCUAGUAUCAUCCCAGAGGCUAGUACCAUCCAGAAGGUUGUUGACCUCGUUUAUUCUUGCACACAGCAUGUCCCUUCUAUGCGCCCUAGAAUGUCUCAUGUUGUUCAUCAGCUGCAACAGUUUUCCCAGCCGCCUGCAAAGUAAUCUAGUAGCUUUGUGCUAAGUUUGUAGAAUUUUUUUUUACAUAUAACAGAUGUAUAUGUAUUUUAACCUGUCCUUUUUUAGGGUCGAAAUUAGGUUUACUAAAUGACCAAGUGGGAGCUAGGAUUUGACUAAGUAAUUUCUGCAAGACAGAUUCUUUGAAGUCAUACAUGUAAUGUAAUCGUAAAAGGGACUACUAUUGAUGGAGUUGUGCUACUCUUUUGCCAUUCUUAUUAAAAUUACAAGGACUACAAAAACAGAUGGCAACA